AUGAAUGUUCUUGCUAUUUAUUCACAUAUAACAAUGAAUGUAACAUGUGGAGUCUUUAAUGAUGAAGAUGAACAUAUAAUAACAACAGGAACUGUUGUGAUAUUAACAAUACAUUUACAUCGUGAAAAUAUGGCAUCUAUUUUUAAUGAUGAUUCAACGAAACAUUCUGAUGGUAAUAAUAAUAAUGAUGAUGAAAAUCGAAUAAAUGAACAAAUAUUUCAACGAUCUCAAAGAUUAUCAAAUAAAACAAAAAUUCGACAUAAUGAUAAUGAAGAAGAUAUAUUUCUUGAACGAUUUCAACAACAACAUGAUGAAGAAGUUGAAGUCAAAUUUUCAGCACCGAAAAGACCUGGUCAUUAUGUUUAUUCAGUUAUAUUAAGAUCUCAUUCAUAUUUUGAUGUUGAUUUUGAUGUUCAAGAAGCUAAAGAAGUUGUUGACAAUCAUUCGCAAUGGAAUUUUAGUGAUGAUGAUGAUGAAGGAAUGAAUAAUGAAGUUAAAGACAAUGAGUUUACAACUGAAAGUGACAGUGACAAAGACUAG